CUCGCGCUCUCCUCCUCCUCCUCCUCCCACCAGCACCAGCUCCUGGAUGCACGCGCCCCAGUGACUGUUACCAACGGCUGGAUAGAGAGCGAGUUGUCCGAGGAGUUUACCGUUAAUGGACACUUAAGCCGCCGUCACAGGAGGAAGAGGAGAGACGGCGGAGGAGCUGGAAGAGGAGAACCGAAACAGAGAGCUUGCUAAAUCGGAGAACCUGCUUCCCCGGGAGAGAUUUGCAGCUCCCUCCUUCUGGUUAUUCAACAGCAUCACACAUCGUCUACACUACGCUCCUCUCAUGCUGACUGAGAAUGGAUGACGGGGUUCAGAUUGGAGAGAACAAGUUCAUCAGCAAGGUCACAGUCCUCUCACAUCUGAAGACUUACAACAUCUACUAUGAAGGACAGAAUCUACAGCUCAGACACAGAGAGGAAGAGGGAGAGCUGAUUGUCGAGGGCUUGCUGAAUAUAUUCUGGGGCUUGCGCCGACCAAUCAGGCUUCAGAUGCAAGAUGACCAUGAGCGAAUCCGACCGCCCCCCUCCUCUACGUCCUGGCACUCGGGUUGCAAUCUGGAUAGUCAAGGCUCCCCAAAUAACACAGACGGUCAGCAGACCACAGAACAGACGCCACCCACUGUGGAAGUGACGCCACCUGAAGGUCAACCCGAGAACAACGGUGUGAUGGAGGAACCUGCAGAUGAAGAUUGUGAGAGCUCUGCUCAGCUCCUAAGAACAAAGAGUGAUGCUGGGGUGCUAAGACGAGGGCAGCGGCGAUCACCAAGUGACCAGAGGAAAAUCAGACGCCAUCGAUUCUCCAUCAACGGACACUUCUACAACCAUAAGACAGCAGUGUUUACUCCUGCUUAUGGCUCAGUGACAAACGUGCGGAUCAACAGCUGCAUGACCACACCUCAGGUUCUCCGAGUUCUCCUCAACAAGUUUAAAAUUGAAAACAGCCCAGAUGAAUUUGCUCUAUACCUCGUCCAUGCCAGUGGAGAGCGUGUAAAACUGAAAAGGAGUGACUAUCCUCUGGUGCUGAGAGUGAUGCAGGGUCCAUGUGAGCAGGUCUGCAAGAUUUUCCUCAUGGAAGAAGAUCUGGGAGAAGAAGUCACGUAUGAUGUGGCACAGUACAUCAAGUUUGAAAUGCCUGUCCUGCAGAGUUUCAUCACUAAACUGAAGGAGGAAGAGGACAGAGAAGUGCAGAAACUCAGAAGAAGGUAUACUGAUCUGCGGUGUAUAAUUGAGAAGCAGCUCAGUUGUCUUCCAGAAGGGGCCACAUGUAUGUAAACUUAACAUCAAACUGUAAAAAGUCUCCUACAUCAUCGCACCCUGCAGGCCGAGUGACCAAGAACCAGCUAAUAAGAACUCAGUGUACUUGUUUCACUGAUUACCUGCUCCUCUGAGCUCCUGCAUCUGCAUGGACUUUUGUUUUUAAAAUGCAACAAACAGACAAAACUCAAACAUGCAAAAAUUAUGUGCAUGUUGGUUGUUUUCUUUUCAGCAAUAUCCUUGGGUUAUGACAGCCCACAGAGUCUGUUUAAGACUCUUCAGUCCAGAUCGCUCUUUUUUUCUUCAUGUGUCACAAGCUGUUCAUUCAGAAAGACAUUCCUCAGCUCUUGAGUCAUUUUUACAGCACAGUAUUUGACAAAAUGAGCCUAAAGCAAACUUCCUGUUUUGCAUCUACCCUCCAAACAGUGAACUGAUGCCCAGACUUAAGUUAAAGCACAAAAUCUUAGAAUACAAUUGCAGUAAAGUGCCUGUUCAAAUGUUUUUCCAAGCACAAACACUGAAAUCCCAUGUUUUUAAAGCAAAAACAAGCUAAAACUAUAGUAAAGUAAAGCCACAACAGACCCUAAAUGUGAAACAGCUGAGGCUGGAGCAGCAGAUACAACACUGGCCUCACAUCAGACUGUGUGCCUUUAUUUUCCCUACUGUUUGAAAAUGUGUAACAUAUUGUAAUCCAGAAUUCUAUUCAUCCUCAAAGCUGAGAAGUUCACAAGGUAGAUGAGAAUUGCGUGAACAGAUAAUCUGUUUGUGUUCUUGUUAUUGUGUCCAGUCUUUCUGCAGUCAUUCAUGCUGAAUGUUGACAACAUUUGCGAUUGAAUCUGAAGGUUUAUUUUGACAUUUUUAAAUGCUUUCUGGUAUUGUUUGGCAUGAAUUAGAUGUUUAUUUUUGUUUGUGUAAACACCACCAGCAUCUGGGUAGCUUAGCAUAGCACAGAAUAACAAGGGGAAAUAUUUAAGUGGGUUCUGUCUGAAGGGGAAAAAUCCACUCACAAAACCUUUCAGUCCAAUUUUAAGACUUUUUUUAACCACUCAGUUUAUUUAAUAAAGAAUGUUGCACUUUUGACCUCAGGUGGCAGGACAAACAAAUAUGUUUGAAAAGCACAUCCAAGCAUACAUUAUACCUUUGACUUCAUUUUCCCAAGAAAGCAUGAAAGUUCUCAUAGUUUCUUGAAGAAUUAUCUCAUUAUCUUGGGGAAAACAACUUAGUAAUCAAGAGUAAAGGAGAUAAAUAAGUUGAAAAUUUGAGAAAAGAUUCAACCCAACUGCUGGGAAACAGUGCUUAGACCAAAUGAAUCAAAAAAAUUUUUUAUCUCUUUAUUUUCAAAUAAUCAAAAAUGUUUUUUAAGUUUCAGGUUUAUGAUCCAGGCUAUUUCUAGCCAUGGAAUUUAAAGUGGCCAAGGCCUCACUGACACCACUGGUUUUAAUUUCUAAAUUUGGUGUAGUGACACGAGAGCCUCACCAAUCUUCACAUCAAGCCCUUAGCCAUAUAUUUAACAAGAUUAUAUCCUAAAACGUCCAACAAAAUGUCAAACUGUUCCUUUAUAAGACACAAUCUGUCCUGAUUGUGACACCUCGCGUCUUUUCUUCAUUUUUGGCCUCAUUGCAUCACUGCCUUAUAUAGUUUUAAAAAGACGUCUUGUUGAGAUUUUAAAGCACAGUUAAGAGAAAUCAUUGUCAUCAUUCUUAUAAGUUCAAAAAUUAUCAAUACCUUCAUACUUUUGGAUAACACAAUCAAUAGUAUGAAAAAAAUACCUACGAAAUUACAAAAUAAUCUAUAGAUCUGUAGUUAUAUUUUUAAAUAAAGCCGUCAUGAGGGAGAUAGAGAGAGAGAGCACACUGAUUUAAUUGUACAAAUCCCUUGGCAGCACCUGUAGAGCAUUGUUGCCAGCGUACUUGUGCUGGCUGGAUAGCGUGCAGGAGUUUGCCUGCAUAUUUAGAAUUAAAGCAAGACAUUAUCCAGUAAUUAGACCCUAUAUGUUGAAAUUUGUCAACCUUGGUAUCCAAACAGGCAUUGAUUAUGUUGAUUAUUAUAAGAAUCACAAUAAAUCUUAAACAUUUGGUAUCACUGCAGCCCUGCAUUCCUAACAAAAAGAACAUUGGAUAGACUUUAGAUACAAGGCUUUAGGUAAAAUGACAGAGUGAGUUUAUAAAAGACUGUGAAUUCUGCUGUGGAUUUUUAAUGGAAGAAUGUUGUAAAUGAAUGAAUGAGCAUUUAAAGCACAGUUUUUUCCCCAUGAGCAACACGAGUGGUUUGUUUGUGUUCGGAGAAAGACAAAAUAAUGAUCAACUAAUGACUGACUGGUGAAUUUGAUGAGUUAUAAAAGUUAUUUUCAUACCCUGAUGUACGUUAAUGCUGUCUGUUUGAAACUUUAUAUCAUUGUCAAAAAUACCUUCAAGUGUGUGCGUGUGUUUCUGAGAGUGUGCAUGUUUGUAUUUUUAGUGACUCUUGCCUGCUUUUGUAUUGUGUCUUUUUCCAAAAAAAAAGAAGAAAAGAAGGAACUUUAACCUUCAAGAUGUGAAAAACUCAUUCCACUGUUUGUAAACUGUGGAGUUUUUUCUGUCAUUGAUUGUUAUUUAAUAAAACAAAGUUAUGUUUAGAAAAGAUGAAUAUAAA